AUGGCCAUAGACUGGAACGACCCUUUCGUGAUAGAGUACAUUUUCUUCCUCUACCAGCAGAAUGCCGUCUUCUUCCUUGGAAUCCACGGGAUGCACAUCGCCACCCAGUUCCGCAUCGAGUGGAACCUCCUCCUCCGCCAGCGGCCUUUCCGAUGGGUCUAUGUGCCCUUCCUCCUUGCUCGCUACUUGACCCUCUCCUCUCUCCUCUUCUUCGUGAUCUCCCAGAACACGAAGACACAUGUGAACUGCGAUGCUGCUUAUCGGUUCUUCGCGGCGGUCGGGAGCAUGUCGGCGAUGUUCGCUAGCUGGAUCCUCUGCACACGCCCCCUGAUAAUAUUCCACGCGCUUUCAAUGUGCCUCCCCGUCUUCGUGCUUGGCUGCCUCGGCCUGGUUCAAGCUGCGCUCGUCGUUCUCCAGGGCAUCCUGACGGUGCGCUCGCGGUGGGAUCCCGAGCUACAGGCGUGCGGCAUCGUCCAGUGGGACAGCAGGGUGCUCUCGACCUUCUACUUCUUCACGUUUGGGUACGACAUGAUCAUCGUGUCCGCGACGGUCUACGGGGUGCACAAAGUACAGCAGCUCCAGCAGCGCCGCACGUGGCACGUCGGCGACGUGCUCUGCGUCCAGGGCAUCUGGUACAUCAUCGCGACCUGCGCGGUCAACGUGCCCGUCGCCGUGUUCGCCGUCCUGGAUCUGAACAUCGGUAUGGACAUCCUGCUCUCGACCCCUGCGAUGGUGAUCAGCGUCGUCGCGUCUUCGCACGCCAUGCUCGCCCUCGACGACUUCGACGGGACCAACGACACCUCCACCGGCGUGUACAUCACCACGGUCCCGCUCUCCAGCAUACCGAUCGAUUCUGCGAUGCUCGCCGAGACGGGGAAGACGGACUCGCAGGGGUCCACUGCGACAACCACCGGCCUCUGA